UAUGUGGAGGACGCCUUCAACGAUGUCUCGUGACUAUUUUGGCUUCUCCUUCAUGAGGAGCAAUGCCAGAAACAACACGGCCGGCACGGCCCUCAAUAAUGCUGCUGAUAUAUCCGUCAUUGUGAUUUAUUUUUUGGUGGUCUUGGCUGUUGGACUAUGGGCUAUGGUUCGCACCAACCGUGCCACGGUCGGUGGUUUCUUCCUAGCAGGCAGAAGUAUGGUUUGGUGGCCGAUUGGCGCAUCUCUUUUCGCCAGUAACAUCGGAAGCGGGCACUUUGUGGGAAUCGCCGGGACCGGUGCAGCCUCCGGAAUAGCCAUAGGUGGAUUUGAAUGGAAUGCUCUCAUUGUGGUGGUCAUCCUGGGUUGGCUCUUUGUGCCCAUCUACAUCAAAGCUGGGGUGGUCACCAUGCCCGAAUACCUGAAGAAGAGAUUCGGGGGGCAGCGCAUUCGCAUCUACCUCUCGGUGCUCUCCCUCCUCUUGUACAUUUUCACCAAGAUCUCAGCGGACAUGUUCUCCGGCGCCAUUUUUAUCAACCAGGCUCUGGGGCUAAAUAUCUACUUGGCCGUCGUGGCAUUGCUCCUGAUUACGGGGCUGUACACCGUCACAGGUGGCUUGGCUGCGGUGAUCUACACAGACGCCUUACAGACCAUCAUUAUGAUAGUCGGAUCAUUCAUUCUCAUGGGCUUCGCCUUCUAUGAAGUGGGCGGCUACGAAAGUUUCCAGGAACGCUACAUGAAGGCCAUGCCAUCCAUCACGGGGAACAUCAGUGAGAGUUGCUACAAGCCUCGGCAUGACUCCUUCCACCUUUUUCGGGACGCCGUCACAGGAGACCUGCCCUGGCCCGGCUUGGUGUUUGGACUCACUAUUCAAGCCACGUGGUACUGGUGCACUGAUCAGGUGAUCGUGCAGCGUUGCCUGUCAGCCAAGAAUUUAUCUCACGUGAAAGGCGGCUGCAUCUUAUGCGGCUACCUGAAGCUGCUUCCCAUGUUCCUGAUCGUUUUCCCCGGAAUGAUCAGCAGGAUCCUCUACUCUGACGUGGUGGCCUGCGUGGACCCGGCCGAAUGCCUCAAGCACUGCGGGGCCAGCGUGGGUUGCACCAACAUCGCUUAUCCCAAACUGGUGGUGGAUCUGAUGCCCGUAGGUCUGCGUGGACUCAUGCUGUCGGUCAUGCUGGCCUCUCUCAUGAGCUCCCUGACCUCCAUCUUCAACAGCGCCAGCACUCUCUUCACCAUGGACAUCUACACCAAGAUGCGGCGCUCGGCCACCGAGAAGGAGCUCAUGAUCGCUGGCAGAGUGUUCAUUUUGGCGCUGAUUGGCGUGAGCAUCGCGUGGAUCCCGGUGGUGCAGUCGGCCCAGAGCGGUCAACUCUUUGAUUAUAUCCAGUCCAUCACCAGCUAUCUGGCACCGCCCGUCACCGCCGUUUUCAUUCUGGCCAUCUUCUGCAAACGAGUCAAUGAAUCCGGUGCCUUUUAUGGGCUCAUGUUCGGCCUCCUCGUCGGCUUAUCCAGGAUGAUUGCAGAGUUUGCUUACGGCACAGGCAGCUGCGUGGAGCCCAGUAACUGUCCCACCAUCAUAUGCGGCGUUCACUACCUCUACUUUGCCAUCAUCCUCUUUGUGGUCUCCUGCAUCGUCAUCCUCGGCGUCUCCCUCGUGACCAAACCCAUCGCCGACAAACACUUGUAUCGACUGUGUUGGAGCCUGAGGAACUCUACUGAAGAAAGAGUUGACCUGGAGAAAGACGACUGGGUGGAAAAUGUCAACAGUAUGGAGGUGGAGGAACCGGAAGAAGAACCGGGCUUCUGCAAGAAGGUGCAAGCGUGUUUCUGUGGCCUGGAGCAGAAAAAAACUCCAAAGCUGAGUGAAGAGGAACAGGCCGAGCUGCAGAGGAAGCUUACGGACACAUCCGAAGUGCCGCUGUGGCGGAACGUUGCCAACGUCAACGCUCUCCUCCUCCUCUGCGUGGCUGUUUUCUUUCACGGAUUUUACGGCUAAAGACGUCAACGUCUUCUUCGUGUCUUACAACUCCAAUGUCUUCAGCAUACAAUGUAAAAACAUUGGAAUUGACCUUGCCGUUCCAAUACUUUCGGAGGGGAAUGUAAUUCAUAUCCUAGUGCUGCAGAAAUGCACUUCACGUCUUUGACAUUUUUGUUCUAUUCAUCGUUCCAAACACUCAAGACUACUUGAGUGAGUGGACGCACAUCCGGGGGCUUGUUUUGGAACGCAGCGUACUUAUUCAAUAUAAUACAACCACACCGGAUGAAAUAAUGACAUUGAGACAUUGUUGACUUCCUGAUGUCAACAGAAGCAGGACUGAGUCAAGAUUUUCAGAUUUCACUGACAUAUUACAGUGCUGAGCUCCUUUUUUUUUUUUCAUCAGCGACUGCUAAUUAGCUAGGUAGGAAGCCGCAGGGCUGGACAAAAAGGAGGCCGCGCCCGGUUUACAAUAGACACAAGCCAAUGGCUUAUUGUAAGUUAUGUAAUAAAAUGAUUUGUGAUAUUUUUCCUCCAUG